UAGAUAGAUAGAUAGAUAGAAUCCUAAGCCAAUUCCCACCAUUUUGAACUCUGUGUGGGAAACCAGUGUUACUCCUAGCCUUCAAGGUAGGAUUAUAGGAUAUUAUAAUCCUAUAAUCCCCAUUUUACCAGUGAGGAAAUUGAGGCACAGAACAGUGAAAUAACCUGCCUACGAUGGUCAGAUUAUUAAAUGAUACAACUGGAUUCACACGUAAGUCUUUCUGACACCCAAAACCCAUGCUUUUUCCAUUAUACACCAUUGCCCUAUGAGCCCAGCUUAAUGCUGAUAACAAUCCUGCUGGUAGGUGUCAUGAUCCUCAUUUGUAAAAUGAGGAAAUUAGACCAAAAGAGGUUAAUUUGACCAGGUCACUGGUGACAGGUGGAGAGGCUGGGAAGAAUUUAAACUCAGACUUGUUUUACUCUAACUACAUGCUUAUGAAAGUAAAAUAUAGCACAUAUUCAACACUCCAUACAAUUCUUUCCUCUGAAAGAAGGGAAGCAAGUUGGAUUAUUAAUCUAACCCAGAGUAUUAUUCUGAAUAAGACAGCCAUUCCAAGGGAUUUUCCCCUUCCUUCUUGGGUUUCCGGAGGUCAAAUCUCCGUCGAACUAUCAAUCCCAGGGGACCUUUUUGAGGCGGGAAAGGAAGCACAAGUAGUUCUGCCAUAAUCCUCUAUCAUAUUUACCUGAAAAUACUUUAACCCCGGCUAAAUCCAGCAAUACAACUUCUUCACACCCUUAUCUAAGCAGCUGAAUCAUGCUGAUUAGUCUCUUUUUUAAUUCAUUGUUUCCAACUCAAAUGAUCAUUCACUGCCCAUGGGUAUUAUUGCUUUUUCUCAGUAAGUUCAUUUUCCCACUCUUUGAGGAUGUUAUUUCAUAUAAUUUCUUCCCUCCUCAGCCCUCCAACACUCCCUGACAAAAUCUCAUCCCACGCCUAUCCCAUUAUUCUUUCUCCCUUCUCUGUUACAUCAACAAUUUCCAUCUUUUCACUGGACCAUUCCUUGCAAUUUACAAAUAUCCCCUAGCACCCAUCCUUAAAAACAUCAAAAACAAAAAGCAAAACCCCAGACGCCUGGAGACCUUCUCAGACAGCGGAGCCCGAGCUCGGCGGAGUCCCCAGCGCUCGCCAGCCCGCGCCCCGUCCGCACUCCUCCGCCCCGCCCCACCAUGGUCCGGGGGCCGGGCCUCGCGCUGCUUUCGCCGUCGCUGCUGCCGCCGCUCCUGCUACUGACGGCGGUGAUCGGCCACGCGGCCGCGCAGGACAACUGCACGUGCCCCACCAGCAAGAUGACCGUGUGCGACCGGAGCGGCCCGGGUGGCCGCUGCCAGUGCCGCGUGCUCGGCUCGGGCCUGGAGGUCGACUGCUCCACGCUCACAUCCAAGUGCCUGCUGCUCAAGGCGCGCGUGAGCGCCCGGAAGAGCGUCCGCGCCCUGGUGCGGCCGAGCGAGCACGCGCUCCUGGACAACGACGGCCUGUACGACCCGGACUGCGACCAGCAGGGCCGCUUCAAGGCGUGCUAGUGCAACCAGACGUCCGUGUGCUGGUGCGUGAACUCGGUGGGCAUGCGCCGCACCGACAAGGGCGACCUGAGCCUGCGCUGCGACGAGCUGGUGCGCACCCACCCCAUCCUCAUCGACAUGCGCCACCGCCCGGCCGCCCGCGCCUUCAGCCCCUCGGACCUGGAGGCCGAGCUGCGGCGGCUCUUCCGGAAGCGCGACCCGCUGCACCCCAAGUUCGUGGCGGCCGUGCACUACGAGCACCCCAACAUCCAGAUCGAGCUGCAGCGGAACACGUCGCAGAAGGUCGCUGGCGACGUGGACAUCGCCGACGCCGCCUACUACUUCGAGAGGGACGUCAAGGGCGAGUCGCUGUUCACCGGCCACCGCGGCCUCGACGUGCGCGUGCGCGGAGAGCCCGUGCUGCUGGAGCGGACGCUCAUCUACUACCUAGAUGAGAAGUCCCCCCAGUUCUCCAUGAAGCGCCUCACCAGCGGCCUCAUCGCCGUCAUCGUGGAGGUCGUGGUGGCCCUGGUCGCCGGCGUGACCGUCCUGGUGAUCACCAGCCGGAGGAAGUCGGGGAAGUACAAGAAGGUGGAGAUCAAGGAACUGGGGGAGAUGAGAAAGGAACCGAGCUUGUAG